UGCUUGAAGUGAGUUAUGUGUCGUUUUCCGCUAAUAAUGGCGGGAGUUCGUCGAUAUGAAAAGUUCUUUAAAAACUUCUGUACUUCGAUGUUAUGAACGAAAAGUAUACUCAAAUAAUUAAUAUUUUAUAAAAAAAUUGUUUUAACAAAUAUAAACGUUAAUAAAUGAAAGCCCACCGGUCAGGAUGUCGGUUAAUUUAAAGUGGCGGUUACCUGACGUUUUUUGUGAAGUGUGUUGAAUGGAUGGCGGAAUUAAGUUUAAUUCGCUCUCGCUGCGCGGGAAUGGAUGAAUAAGUGGUUGGGUUUAUUCAGGAUACUUUCGAAAUGCCUUUCGUUGAAAGGGUGGUAGAACCGAAGUUUCUUUCGAGAACUAGUUUACGGGACGAAAACGGGAAACAGAAAGUCACGGAUGAAGAACUCCAGGCUGUAACUAACUGUACAUUGAGUAAUGCUCUCCGUCAACUCGCUUCCCUCGUGCUCCUAGCCGAGGAUAUAUUUAAUGAGCUGACAUUGCAACUCGAAGGUAUCACAGAGCGGUCCAAGGUUGCUCACGGGAAAAUCGGGAAGAUCAGCGAGCUGGUUGAAAAUUAUGACCCGAAAAAAGUGCCAGUCCCGGAGGGAAGCCUGUCUGACUUUGCGUUACGCAAAGUCCACUACACGGCUACUAACCCUCUCAAGAAAGAGCUUUUUACACCGGAUACGAGGCCUGCAAGCUUACGCAAGUUGUACGAAAAGGCAACUACCGACCGCCUUUCGGCGUCGAUUCUUGAUCAACUCAGGAAAGAUUCGCAGUAUUCACCUUUCUUACUGUGUACGCCCGUACUGAGUACAAAAAGAAGACGUGUCUAUCAUAAAGUUGAUGAAAUCGAAACUCGUAUUCCGUCAGUUGUAGAGCACCUUCGGAAAUGGACGUCACGGGAAGCGGUGGGCGACGUCACAGCGCUGCCGGAUUCGUCCAUGAGGAUCGUGAGCAGCGUCACGUUGACCCCGGAUGAGCUUUCCGAGUGUGGCUCUGGGGACGAAGAGCCGAUAGACCACAGGUUGCCGAGCCCUGAAGAACAACUGCGCGUUAUUGCUUCUAAAUUCCCUCCCGAACUAGUGGCCAUAGAUACGUCUGGAAAGUUCUUCGAUAGAAUGUGUAGUUCCCGAAAAUCACUUCACGUAGAAAUAAGUACUGGUGAGACGGACACAGUAAAACGGCGGACUCGCACCAGAAAACCUCGGGGUAAAAGACGAAACACCAUUUCGGGCACUGAUCAAAAAGAGCUUAGAGAGGCUAUUGCUGGUGAUACACCAAAUGCUGAGGCUUCUGAAGAUGUUGAAGAUAGCAUUGUAAUAAGAUCACGAUCAAGCGAUCUACUUAAGAAAAGUCCCAUAGACCCAAUUAUAAAGAAAGGUCAUUUUAAUAGCUUGAAGCAAUGGGGGAAGAACAGACUUAAAUUGAUCGGAAGAUCUCCAAGUGCCAGUAGAGAUAGUUUCAGAGAUACAUCUAAAAUUGAGAAGAGCAGAGAAUCUAUAUCUCCAUCUGCAACAGAAGAUGUACCCGAAACGACAGUCACAAUGCGAAAGAAACGUUCUAGUGAUGAAGACCGAAGAACGCAUCAAAGAUGUGCAUCUUAUUCAUCAUCUGAAAAGAGUAUCGGUGUACCAGCUAAUGUACCACCAACAGCAACUAUUAAUAGUGGAGUUAAAUUGAGAGGUACAUCUACUCAGCGCAGAUUGAGGCGAACGGCUGUUAAUAAAGAAGAACCUCACUCGUCAAGUGGAAACUGGUCUGCAAGUUCUGAAUCAGGUCGAACUAGUAUAGGAUCUGAAAUAACGACUACAACCGUUCCACCGAAAAGUACAACUUCCGCGGCAACGUCAAAUAACUCGCUUAAUUUUCAUCACGGUCCACCUAGCUCAAUUAUUAGUAGAAGAAGAUUUCUCAAUACUUCAGGUUCUGGUAGUGUCACUAGCGAAGGCACUCUUACGCCUGAUAUUAUUCAUGACUUACAUGAAGAUCUAGAAACUAGCUCUGAAUUUUCUUGUGACACCGAAGGCUAUUAUACAUCUUUCCAUAUGGAUUCUGGACUUAAAACGCUAAAAGAAGAAGAAAUAUCCCCUAGUACUCCUUUACAUACCUCGACUGCUUUAUCUUCUAACUCUUCCAAUAGCCAAAACCUAACAGCCGAAAAUGAAUAUGAAUUAUUUGGAAAAGGUUCAACAAGUACUACGACAAGUUCUGCUGGAACGGUAUGUACGACAUUAAUGGCAGCUGGAAGUGAUAGAUCUUUAGCGAUAGGUCCAACAGUACCUGAACGUAAAAGUUCACUAACUAAAAUAAAUCGUAAUAGAGGCAAUAAUAUUCAUAGUGCAAAUGCCAGUUUAGAUAGAGGGUCUAACUUUAGUAAGUCUCCUUAUAGCAGUUUGCGUUACAAUGCAAUGCGAUCAUAUGCAGAUAAACAUAUUUAUAAUCAAUCAUCGCCAGAAAUUAAUACUGUCUCUAAUCCUUCAAUGCCUAAUACAAGAAAUAUGGGAAAUCAUCGUGAGAUAACCGCAGUUGCAGAAGUACAUACAGAAACUGAAUUGGAAUGUGCAAAAAAGAGCACAGGAACUAGUUCUCCAGAUUCUGGUCACAAUACUUCGAGCUCUCCAAUUGAAGAUUCUGUAUCAAGUGCUCAUGGUAAAAAUAGCCUCUCUGAGCAAGAUUAUUCUGAAUCGUCCGAUCUAGAAGGUACUGACAGAAUAGAACGAAUCAGGUAUAAAACUACUAUUAACAGCUCGAGAAUUCCAUCUAUGUGUGUCAUUACCCCUACAAAUUCAGACGAUGAGAGUGAUGUAAACCAUAAAGAUUCAAACAAACAGCAACACUAUGAAAACCCUAAUGAUCACACGAAUAAAUUCCAGACUCGACCUAAGUUAGAUUUACCUUCGACUGAAAAACAAACAGACCCUAAAACCAAUGAGACGGUUAAAAACAACAAACCGCAAAGCCAUCUUAAAUCAUCAUUGCAGCCGUUCAAUAGUUUUAUGUGUAAGCUAAAAGGUGUUUUGCCACAUAAAUUGUCAAAUAAAAAGUCGCCAAUCAUGAAAGAAGAAGAUAAUCAUUUUGAAGACUUCCUAGAUACCGGAGAUUACGUUACUAUAGCUGAUGUCAAAAACAAUAACCAGAAAACUUGCCUUAACAGAGGUAGCUAUGUUAAUAAUGACAUUAUCGGAAAAAAUCUGCAGUCGGUAUUGUCUGGAAAACCAGAAACUGAGUAUGUUUCAUUAAAUGAGCUCCCUAAUUGUUUAACUGGAAGCAAGGACUAUUUGGAUCAUGGCUUAGAAGAAAAACAAUUAGCCGCGAUGGAAGGAAUGCAAAUGAGGGGUGCCAAAGUCACUUUAGAUUCACAAGGUAAAGUCAUUUAUUCCUCAGACACGUUAAAGAGAAGAAAAGGAGCACAUACCACUUUUGAGCCAGGUCCAUUUGUACAAGAAAUAUCGCCUACAACGACAGUCAUUAAACGCGAAAACGCGGAUGUUAUUACAGUAACAGAUGAAAUAGAUUUUCCUUAUGAACCACCUUCUCCAUCCAGUAAACCGACGUCACCACAAUUAGGAAAGAUGAUUAUUAAAGCUCCUCUGCAACCGCAUGGAGCUGUUACAACAGAGUUCAUAACCUUGCCACCACCAAAACCAAGUACUAUAAUCACUGCUACCCCAGUAACAGAAACGCCAACUCUUGCCAAUAACCCUCCAAUGACGGUACCAACUAAAAAUUCAGACUUGCCACGAAUCGUUGAAGCCAUCACAAGAACUGGAGCAUAUGUAAACAUACACGAUGCAGAGGGUGUCGGCUUAUCACCAACGAAAGAUGAUACAACAGACUAUCUACAUUCCAAUGCUGACAAAACUUUGCUCAACGGACAAGAAAAUAUUGUAAGAAAUACCGGGCCAAAAAUAGAUAUUAAUUCGCUUCCCAAUAAACAGCGACAUAACAACAUAGCUCAUGUAAAUGGGAGAUAUGAAGGUAGAAAUAAUUAUGUGACCGAGAACUCAAAUCCUAAAUUUUGGACUCUACCAAAGCGGAACACAACUGAGCAGCAAAACUUGAAGGCGGAUUUAUUGUACCCAAAAACUCUGCAAUACCCUAAAUAUCCCACAGAUUCUGUCACUAAAACAGAAUCGAACACUAAAAAAAAUUCUACAUUAAUACAUGAUCCGUCGAUAAGGAUAUCACCAAUAGAUCCUCGAACAUCUUCAACCUUCAAGUCGUCUACGCCUACCACAAAAGAAAAUAUUGUUGAUUUAACGUCUAAACUCGUGUCUCCGGUGAAAUCCACAAUGACUAACGAAGAGUUGUACGCUGUAAUACACAAAAGUAAAAAGAAAUUAAAUAUAAAGGAAGUACCUGAUAGAGUUGAUUCACCAGCACUUUCGACAGCAAGUUUAUCGCCAGUUAGUUCCGAGACAUCCUUAUAUACCAAAACUUCGCAACGACAUCCAGAAACUGGAUAUUUAGGGGAACCAAAAAAUAGAAUGUCAUGGUCUCCUGCUGACAAAUAUAGUGGACUUCCCAAUACAUUUGGUAUUCAAAAGCAAGAAACCACAUGCGCUGAUCGUUAUGGGCCUAUACAACAAACUUCAAGGUUAGAUUUUAAAAAGCUUUUGCUUCAGCAUAGCGUAAAAUUAAACACAUUAAGCCCUCAAAACAAGUCCAAUAAAUUAUCAGCAGUAGAGCAAUUAAAAAUAUCAAAAGAAAAAAUCCAGGCUCCCGUUACUCCGCCUGGGCACAGGUCACAGAUUAAUAUUAUUGAUCUCAGUUCGUCUCCAAAAAUAUACGCGCAGAGGAAGAUGAUGAAAUCAAAUCAACCACUAUCACCUGGAAGAACCAAUGCUUUGUUAAAGGAUCAUAAAAAUGCACCAAAAAUACUACUUUCGCCAAAAUCGCAGUGGAGAUUUUCAAGUCCUAGAUCUGACGUUUUAUCUACACCUAUACCAGAGGCACAUAAUGAAGAUGAAAAUAAUUCUAACAGUUCAGGUGAAAAACGCGAUACAUCUCCUUUCAGCCCACCAUCUAAUACAGUUCCUAUAGUUACUAAUCAACAUUUCGGGGCGCGUAGAAAUCUAAUUCCUAUAAGCGAACCAUCGAACCAAAAUACAGAGAUAGCCAAUUCUGAUACGGUUAGUCAAGGUGUAUUUCCGUUGGCGAGUGAAUGUACAAUGUCACAAGGGCUAUCUAGAUCAGAAAUUUUACAGGCAAAGAGAGCAGAAUUUUUCAACUCGUCUCCAAAAUUAUCUCCCCCAGCAUUGACAUCCUUUAUGCGACCACAACCCGUAACGAGGAGCAAAGCUUCACCAGAAAGAGGAAAAACAUCGCCAAGUACAUUAGAGACAGCUUUAUGAUAUUGAUAUUAGAUGAUGACAAGAAAUUUAAGGGGUGCUCUCAAAAUGUGUAAAUAUCACAAGAAAUUUCAAAGAAGCUUUAAUCUAGUCUCUUCUUGCUAAUAAGUGCCAUUUAUGCUGGCACUUCCAGUUAUUAUUAUUAGCAGUGUGUCCAAUUUACUUGUACACAGUAAAGUUAAAGUGUUUCUCAAUAAUAAUUUUAUGCUCUAAUGGGGCCAAUCGUAAUUCGCUAUUAUAAUUAAUUUAUGAAACUAGUGUAUAAUAUUCCACGCAUACAAAUUAGUAUUUAAGUAUUUAUUGAUGAGUAGUGUUUUCAAUUUUUGAGUUUUUAAGUUAUUACGAAAACGAUUUUAAUAAAAGUGUUGAAUAAU